UUUCUUCCCUAUUUUUCAGUGUGAUAUAGAUCCUUGCAAUACUGCGUCUCAGAAAAAAAUAAAAACCUUGUCUGACAAUUCUGUGAAAUUGGAGAAAAAAGUGUUUCAAUUUAGCUUCCAAGCUCUUCAAGCUAUUUUGUUUACAAACGUAGCAUUCCAAUAGGAAUUGUGUUCUCCAGUUUACAAUGCAUCGUCGUGGGGGAAAACGCAUCCGUAUGGAUGAACCUCCGCCGGAAUUUGAGGAUCAUCACGAGCAACCGUUCCAGAGUGAGCCUCAUAAUGAAAGUUGGUCGUCGGGUGGCGCAGGAGAGGGUCCCUCUGAAGAACAACAUCACCCAAACCCGGAGGAGCAAGUCAGCACCGGCCGUCCUGGAGCUCGAAUGACAAGAUUGAGGGCUCGCGGUGGAGUACCAUUGAAAGCUCCCAUCAUCGAUGACGACGAUGAUGAUAUAUUCUUCGGAACACGGUACGAUCCGCAGCAGCAACAGCAGUUGCAGCACAAGAAGAGGAAGGCCCCGAGAAAGCCUCGCGGCGAAGCCGCUCCAAAAGAGCCGCGGGAGAAGCGAGAGCGUGCAUACCAUCAUGACGACGAACGAGUGGUGGUGACGGACCGCGAGAGCACGACCGAUGAGAAUAGUUUGUACUUCAUUCUGAGGCACUCCAAGUCAGCUAUCACCGGGAUCGUUGACGACUGGAUUGAGAGCUACAAGCUGGAUAAGGAUUCUGCCCUGAUUGCGUUAAUGAACUUUUUUGUGCACGCCAGUGGGUGCAAAGGGAAGAUCACUCCCGAAAUGCAACAGACCAUGGAGCACACGGCAAUUAUUCGGAAGAUGACCGAGGAAUUCGAUGAAGACAGUCAUGAGUAUCCUCUGAUUAUGCCUGGUCAGCAGUGGAAAAAGUUCAAGAUGAACUUCUGUGACUUUGUGCAAACACUUGUCAAGCAGUGUCAAUACUCGAUCAUCUACGAUCAGUUUUUAAUGGACAAUGUAAUAUCGCUGUUGACCGGGUUGUCGGAUUCUCAGGUUCGAGCAUUCCGUCACACGGCAACUUUGGCAGCGAUGAAGUUGAUGACCGCUCUGGUUGAUGUGGCCCUUCUUGUAUCGGUCAAUUUUGAUAACGCCGCCCGGCAGUACGAUGCUGAACGGUUGAAGCCGCGUGAUAAACGGGCCCCGGAUCGAUUGGAAUCGUUAAUGGCUAAGCGUACGGAGCUGGAGGAGAACAUGGACGAAAUUAAGAACAUGCUGACGUAUAUGUUCAAGUCGGUUUUCGUGCAUCGCUACAGAGACACUUUGCCGGAAAUCAGAGCAAUUUGUAUGUCGGAGAUAGGAAUAUGGAUGCAGAAGUUCUCGCAAAACUUUCUGGAUGAUUCCUAUUUGAAGUACAUUGGUUGGACGCUGCACGACAAGGUCGGCGAGGUUCGGCUUCGCUGUCUGCAAGCACUGCUGCCGUUGUAUGAAAAUGAGGAACUGAAAGGAAAGCUGGAAUUGUUUACGUCCAAAUUCAAAGACCGUAUCGUCGCGAUGACGCUGGACAAGGAGUUCGAAGCAGCUGUUCACGCGGUCAAAUUGGUCAUCAACAUAUUGAAGAUUCACCAGGAUAUUCUGACCGACAAGGAUUGUGAAAUUGUGUACGAGUUGGUUUAUUCGUCACAUCGUGGUGUAGCUCAAGCGGCAGCCGAAUUUUUGAACGUUCGUUUAUUCUGCUUGGACGCGGACGCUCAAGUGACUUAUACCAAACGCGGUAAGAAGCGCCUUCCGAAUACGCCGUUGAUACGCGAUUUGGUGCAAUUUUUUAUCGAAUCUGAAUUGCACGAACAUGGUGCCUACCUGGUGGAUUCAUUCAUCGACAGUAAUCCGAUGGUCAAAGAUUGGGAAUGUAUGACCGAUCUGCUUCUGGAAGAACCUGGUCCUAUGGAGGAGACCUUGGACAAUAAGCAAGAAUCGACACUGAUUGAGAUUAUGGUCAGUGCAGUUCGCCAAGCCGCUACUGGUGAACCUCCUGUUGGUCGUGGUAGUAGUCGAAAGAUGACCCUAAGUGCGAAGGAAAUCAAGCAAGUUCAGGACGACAAGCAGAAGCUAACAGAACACUUUAUCCAUUCGCUUCCCCUGUUGUUGCACAAAUACAGCGCUGACAGCGAAAAGCUCACAAACUUGCUGGCAAUUCCACAGUAUUUUGAUCUUGAGCUGUACACCACAACCCGCCAAGAAGCUAAUCUCCAAGCCCUGCUGGACAAAAUGACUCACAUUAUGGCGAUUCAAAUCGAUCGCGAAGUACUCGAAACCUGCUCCAAAACAUUUGAAUUCCUCUGCACUGAAGGAAGCGCCAUUUACACCCGCUGCGAUGUAGCCAGAUCUAACGUAAUUGACGAAUGCGUCAACCGCUACAAAGAGGCAAUCGACGACUAUCGCAACUUAAUCGCUGGAGAAGAAACUCCCAAUGAAGACGAAAUCUACAACGUCAACAUCAGUCUGAAAAAAGUGUCCAUUCUGUACUCGUGUCACAAUCUGAACACCUGGAAUUUGUUCGACUCUCUCUAUCAGGAUAUCGAGGAGAGUCUGUCGGAAAAUGCCGGGGACAAUGGGAUUCCCCACGAAGCCCUAGUUUACUGCAUCGAAGCGUGCGUCUUCUCCAUCAACUGGGGCUUGUACUUCCUGGAGAACACCAUGGACCGAUCCGCAGCCUCCGAAGUCGACGAACUUUCCCAGAAUCUCCAGAAGUACAUGAACGCUUGCAACGAGCUGAUGCACUACGAAGUUGCACCAACCGUACAGGAAGCAGCUUACAUGUCCAUAUGCGACCUACUGAUCGUCUUCAGUGACCAACUGGGAACCCAUCCCAACGAGAAUAUUCGCAAAUUGGUGUACACUCUUAGCGUGGAGCAGCAAGCUCUGCUAAAUGAGUUUGUUCAGACGAAUGUUUUCUCUACCGAACAGGAGGAAGGCCACGACGAAACGCGCAUCGAGGAGCUUCACAAGCGAAGAAACUUCUUGGCGGCAUACUGCAAACUUAUUGUUUAUAACAUUUUGCCGAUGAAAUCCGCCGCGGACAUUUUCAAACAUUAUCUCAAGUGCUACAACGAGUACGGCGAUAUCAUCAAAACUACCCUGGGCAAGACGCGUGAAAUCAAUAAAGUUAACUGCGCCAUGACCAUGUGCCUCAGUCUGAUCAACGUCUUCAAGGACAUUCAGGAGGCGUCUCCCGGUGGUCGAAUUUCAAAGAACUCCCAGGAGUUCCAAGACCUAAAGGAAUUGGCCAAGCGAUUUGCGCUGUCCUUCGGGCUGGAUGCGGUCAAAAAUCGCGAAGCCAUCACAGUAUUCCAUCGGGCGGGAAUUCUCUUCGCCGUGACAGUUCAGCCCGAUGGGUACGAGGACCCAUCGGCACCGCCUCCGUGCAUUGCUUUUCUGGAGGUGCUGUCCGAGUUGACGAACAAACUAAUCAAGCAGGAUAAGAAACUGAUUCUCAGCUUCAUGGAGCGUCGUUUAACUGCUGGAAUGCCGUCCAGUCGGUCAGAAGACUGGCAACCGCUGAUGACGUACAAAAAUUCUCUGCUACACGGUGAAACCGAUCAGCUUCCGGUUACAUCAAAGCGAGCGUACUCGCGAAAGAAGAAGGAUUACGAUCACGACGAUGACGAAGAGCACGAUGAUGAGGAUGAUCAGGAUUAUGUUGCGUAAGAUUUAAUCCAUAGCUCAUCGCUAUAUAUGCUUCCAUCGUUCGAGCGGCUAGAUCUGGUUCGAGCUUCGAGCAGCCCACUUCGGAGAAACUGUCAUUUUCAAAAUCUCUCUCAUCUACUUCGUACCGCACGCCGUGUCCGAAGGUGCUUAUUUUGCUAUUUUCAUUAGUGCUUCUAUCGCUCCGAUUCACAGAUAUUUCCGGUCUUAUCAUAAUGUUGUAAUCAUAAUUAUGUUUUUGUAAACAAGUUUAUUCAAAUAGGAUCUAAUCGAUAAAGACCUGCAGGUUUCUAGAAAUCGGUAAACAGAAAGAUUGCACUUCAAAAGAUUUCAUUCCAACUCAUUGAUUUGGAAAUUCCAGAUCUUAUAGUGUUCGACGUAUUGGGUGUCAAGCUUUUAAAAAAUAUAGUAAUAUAAAUAUAGUAAUAUAAUAUAAUAUAGUAAUAUAAUAUAAAUAUAAUAUUAUAUAUAUUAUAUAUGUCAAACACUAUCAAAGAAAUUCAAAAUCCUA